CGUCUUUAACGUGCGCUAAAACCACUAGACUUUAGACUCAGACCUAACUUCAACUUGUGUUAUCAUUUGCUGCUCGUUCAAUGGCUGAGAACGUAAAAAUAUGUGAUAUCGACGACGAAGUGAGUGCAAAGCUAAAGAAGUUCCGUUUUCGCAAGGAAAAAACCAACGCGGCCAUUAUCAUGAAAAUCAAGGCAGACGAGUUGAAAAUUGUCUUGGAAGAAGAGCAUGACGAUAUUUCUCUUGAAGAUAUGGCUGCAGAACUACCGGAACGUCAACCGAGAUAUUGUGCUUACAGUUAUGCAUACCAGCACAGUGAUGGCCGUGUCUCUUACCCAUUGUGCUUCAUAUUUGUAAGCCCAGAAGGUUGCCAUCCCCAAACACAAAUGAUGUACGCUGGCUCAAAGAACGCUCUUGUGAAGGCUGGUGGAUUUACCAAAGUGUUUGAGGUCAGAAAUACAGAGGACCUUACAGAAGAAUGGUUGAAGGAAAAACUUGGGUUUUUUCGUUAAGUCUUUGUUGUGCUCAUGUCUACAGUUGAACUUAACAUGUUAUAAGUUUAUGUAUGUACUCUCAUGAUUUCGUCUAUUUGAUGUGUCAUAAGCUAUUGGUGAUAAUACGUGAGAACGUUCAGUGCC